CACCACGUGACGUGCCUUAGCUUCCUGCACAUCUGUCAUCAUGUCUGCCAUCUAUCGAUGCGCUCUGUUCGGUCGUGUUUCCACUUCAAAAACUAGUUGGAUGCAGGUGAUGAGAUUUGGGUGUAACGUACAUCUUCUACGGAGGACACCCGACGUCCUCCGGAGAGUCGGAAACACGGCCGGAGGACGGAUAAAAACUCACUUAAGUGACGUAACCAUGUCUUGUAAUUCAAGGGAACUGUCAAGUUCAUCUCAGAAUGGAGCAGCUCGAGUGAAGAGGGUUUCUAUCGAGGGCAACAUCGCUGUCGGAAAGUCGACCUUUGCCAGACUCAUGCAGUCAGCCUGUACGGACUGGGAGCUGGUGGCAGAACCUGUCAGCAAGUGGCAGAACAUUGACUGUGGGACCUCAAAGUGGACAGACGCGUCCGCCCAGUCGACGGUCAGCAACCUUCUGCAGAUGAUGUACCAGGACCCGGAGCGCUGGUCGUACACAUUUCAGACAUAUUCCUGCAUGACCCGUCUGAGGACGCAGCUGCAGCCGCAUCCGGCGCGCCUACUGCGCUCAAAGGGAACACCAGUCCAGGUGUAUGAGCGCUCCAUCUACAGCGACAGAUACAUCUUUGCCCUGAAUAUGUUUGAGCUGGGUAGUAUCAACUCGACAGAGUGGGCAGUCUACCAGGACUGGCACUCCCUCCUGGUGGAACAGUUUGGACACCAGGUGGAGCUGGAGGGCAUUAUCUACCUCAGAGCUCCACCAAAGAAAUGUAUGGAGCGUCUGCAGCUCCGGGGAAGGGCGGAAGAGACCGGAGUGAAACUGGAGUAUCUGGAUAAGCUGCAUGCUCAACAUGAGAGGUGGCUUGUUGAGAAGACCACUGAAUUACAUUUUGAGAAGUUAAAACAGGUCGCUGUGUUGGAGCUGGAUGCCAGUGAGGAGUUUCAGAGUGACCCAGAAGUGCAGGAGGAAUUUAUAAGAAAGCAAUCCUGAAAUACCUUCUUCUUCACAGAUGAAAAACUUCUUCAAUGCUUUAUGAGAAGACAAAAUGUCAGCUGCCAUCCCCAGUGGGAAACAUAUGAGAGCAGUCAGGCCUCAGUACGUCAGCUGUGUUACAUGUAAACUACACGUGAGCCUCUCAUAGAGUGAGGGAAAUCUAAAAUAGUAUUAAAGGUUUUUGCUAUUUGGUCAUUUGCAGGGCUACACAACACACACAGAUUUAGUUUGGUCUGUAUAUAAAUUACUUUGGUACAUUUUAUUAUUUUGUUGUUUGCAUGUGAGUGUUUUGAGAUUCACUGGAAUAAAAGGAGUUGGGGUGACUUUU